AUGCCCUUUCUGCUCUCACUCUCCAGCACCGCGAGCCGCCAAGAUUCGAUCAAGACUGAGGCCGAAAUCUCAGAGGUGGCAGUCAACUUCAGCGGCAGCGGAUUGCGACAAUCGCCAGGCCAGGAAGCCAUUAGGGUUGCUGUUCUAGGAAUUGCCAAUGGCUCCGAGGGCAGAGAUGCUGCGCGAAAGGUUCUAAAAGCACUCCUUGUGGACCCCUUGGUUGAUGAGCAGGAAUGGGAAAAGAGAUUGGACGAGCAUGACACCAGCAAGCCGUUAAUCAUUCGAGUUGGACCGAGCCGUGGAAAUGUCACUCGCUUAGAGCUAUCUAAUGACAACUUGCCAGACGUUUUGGAAGUCUCUUCUGCAGAGCUCAAUGGGCUGAACUUGGAGCUCCUUCUGAUGGAUGCGGAAGUGCCUGUCAACGGAUCAAGUCCAACUACAGUUCAGUCGCUUGAGCAGGCUGUUCUGGUUCCCAUGAUUGAUGUUGAUUCGGCUGAUAAACACACUGCUCCCUUGAACGCUCCCGUUCACCAAGCGAUUUUGGUGGCCGAUGGACUGACGGGAGCUGUUGGAAUCACCGGACUGCCGAUACUUGAUAGCUGCGACGCCAUCACAGCUGCGGUUGAUUUGAAGGGGCUCUCAAAGGAACAACUGGGAGCCAAUUUCACAGUAAUCGAUACGGCUUUAGCAGAAGAAGCCGUCCGUUUAUUCCGCCAAGGGCCCCAGAAUGCUAUGAAGUACGAGCAUAAUUGGUCUGCAAGCAAUCUGAACGUGCUAGUCGCAUGGCUGAAGGCCGGUCUCAAGGCCGCCGACGAUGAAGCAACCAAACCCGCAGUGCGAAGACUCAUCGCGUCAGUUUUACAAAGCGCCCUUUCUGCAAUCGAGACCGAAUCAACGAGCAGAAGAGUGUCUCGCGAGUUAUCAGCCUCAAUGGCCAGCCCCGAAAUGCGCGCCAUGAACGAGAGACUUGCAAAGUGGGCUCAGCUGGCACACGCAGAGCUGCAAGAACAGCUUGACUUGGCUUUCAACGGGCGGCGCUGGCAAAAGUUGGGGUGGUGGAAGCUGUUUUGGCGCGUGGAUGAUGUUGCAAUGUUGACAAACGAGAUCUUGAGCCAGCGCUUUCUCCCUACUUCCGAGCAGGAACUUGUCUAUCUCACGGGACGGAUUGCUCAGCUCUUGGGGGAAGCUGGGCAAUAUCCACAGCCUACGUCUUCCCGUGAAAGCGCUUCUGAGAGUCUGGCAACCGGCUCCGGCAAGAAUGAGCCGAUAAUUCCCACUACUCCUCAAUCACGUCUUCCCAAGUGGCCGGGACACAUCGCCUUUACACGCCGCUACAUCCAGAAUGAGACGGUCCCAGCUCUCCAGUCGCUUGCUCAGCAAUUGGUUGUUCAAUCCCUUGCCACAUCAUCCGUCACCUCGUGUCUGGCCGCUCUGCUUUACGUCUCGUCAUUCUCAUCGACGAUAUUUGAAGCCGGCGCUGUGGCGGCCCUCGGUGUCGUAUACAGCCUUGGCCGAAUGCAGAAGAAGUGGGAGACUGCUCGCGAGUUUUGGGAGGGCGAGGUCCGCGAAGAAGGCCGCAAGGCUAUAAGAGGCGCGGAAGAGAGCGCUGCCGAGGUCCUCGAUGGGGUCCAGCAAAACAAGCUCUCAGCUCAGAGAAUCAAGGAGCUAGAACAGGCUGGUGAACUGGUAGCUCAGGCGGAAGACGCGCUGGCACGGCUAAAAUAGAUGAAGAAAUAAUGGCAUAUUGUACGACUAUGGGUAGGGAAUUAGACUUUUGUAUGAGCAUGUAGGCAUGGAAAAGCAAAAAUUGAGAGUGCGAUGACAUUUGUAUGUAUAUCUAGAUGCCUAUUAGUCUAGAGAAUGAAAAAUUUCAAGAGUUUGAGCUUCGCG